UAGUAAAGUCAGAUAUGUCAAAGACGGAUGGUAUUCAGAGAAAAAUAUGAACCUAGGGCACUGCAGAGGACCGUCUGAACACCUGUUGGACAUUGCCCAAGUAUUUUUAUGAUAUGAAUUACCCGGUAUUUUCUGGUUGUUUGCAGGGAAAUGUAUCUUAUGACGUAACAAAUUCAAGUUGACACAUUUUUUAAAUGUAAUUGUGGUAGGUUGGAGGAGCGAUACCACUUGGUCUUUACGUCAUACCUACUACUUCUCAUUCGGCCCCUCGUGAACGAUUGGAAUGGUCCUGCUGUAGGAAUUCGACCUGCUGGAUUGCAAACCUUCGUUGGAGACGGUUAAGCAAAACGGGGAGGCGUUCACUCGUUUCUAUCUUUUCAUCUUGGAAAUCAAAUGCGAACGUCAGGGUCAUUUUGAGGUGUGCUUCCUUUUUUCUUUCCCUUCCCCCCUUUUCUGUUUUUCUUUGUUCUUUUCACUGGUGCCGUGAGGAACACUUCCACGUGGUCAUCCCAGCUGAGCUUGGCCCAGCCACCAUCCAUGGUUCGUGGUCAGCAGACACCCACCGAUGACCUUUUGGAUCUUUAAUGCCACAUAGCGAACAAUCAUGAGCACAGCCAAGCCAAGCGGGCUCAAAGCGCCCAGCAAGAUAGGCAGGGCGACUGCAUCGGCAGUCACCAAGACGUCCUCUGCUGCCGGACCCAAAGCACCAGCCGGCCCUGCCGAGAUGGACAACGAUGGGGAGAGCUUCCAGGUGGGAGAGCGGGUGUGGGUGAACGGCAACAAGCCCGGCGUGGUGCAGUUCCUCGGGGAGACCCAGUUCGCCCCGGGACAAUGGGCGGGCAUCGUGCUGGACGAGCCAAUCGGGAAGAACGACGGCUCGGUGGCUGGCGUGCGUUACUUCCAGUGCGAGGCCCUGAAGGGGAUAUUCACGCGGCCCUCCAAGCUGUCACGCACCGAGGGCGAGGCCAACGGGACAGAGACAGCGCCCCCAUCCCGCGCCUCCUCGCCGACGCCCUCCAUGGCCAGCCAGGCCUCCCACACCCCUUCUCCCAAGCCGGCCACGCCCUCGACGGCUGCCAAGAAGGCUGCGACGUCUGCGUCUGCCUCGCCGGCAACGCCGACCUCCAACCUGGCUCGCGCCAACAGCGAGUCCGUCUCUAACCUCUCGGAGACCGGCUCGGUCAAGAAGAGCGAGCGAGAGCUGAAGAUGGGUGAUCGUGUUUUGGUUGGAGGCACCAAGGCUGGAGUGGUGCGUUUCCUAGGCGAAGCUGACUUUGCCAAGGGGGAGUGGUGUGGUGUGGAGCUGGACGAACCCCUGGGGAAGAACGAUGGGGCAGUGGCAGGAACCAGAUACUUUCAGUGUCAGGCCAGGUAUGGCCUCUUUGCUCCGGUCCACAAGGUCACUCGUAUCGGCUUCCCGUCCACCACGACGGCCAAGGCCAAGCCGGUGGUGCGGAAGGUGGUGACCACGCCCUCGGGCCUGAAGCGCAGCCCCAGUGCCUCCUCCAUCAGCUCUGUCAGCUCUGUGGCCUCCUCCGUCAGCGGCAAGCCCAGCCGCACAGGCCUGCUGACGGAGACGUCGUCCCGGUACAGCCGUAAGAUCUCGGGCACCACGGCGCUGCAGGAGGCGCUGAAGGAGAAGCAGCAGCACAUCGAGCAGCUGAUGGGCGAGAGGGACCUGGAGCGAGCCGAGGUCGCCAAGGCAACCAGCCACGUGGGCGAGGUCCAGCAGGAGCUCACCCUGCUGAGGGACGACCAGGAGCAGAUGGAGGCCAAGAUGGACCACCUACGCACUUUAGUGGAAGUGGCCGAUAAAGACAAGGUGGAGUUGCUGAAUCAGCUGGAGGAGGAGAAGAGGAAGGUGGAAGACCUUCAGUUCCGUGUGGAGGAAGCUUGUAUUACCAAAGGGGACCUGGAGACGCAGACCAAACUGGAGCAUGCCCACAUAAAGGAGCUCGAACAGAGCCUGCUCUUUGAAAAGACCAAAGCUGAGAAACUGCAGAGGGAGUUAGAAGACACUAGGGUUGCCACGGUAUCUGAGAAGUCCCGCAUCAUGGAGCUGCAGAGGGACCUGUCCCUGCGGACCAGGGAGGUGGCAGACCUGCGUCUGCGCGUGGAGGCCCAGCAGGGCCCAGACGGCCUCGCGCUCACCCCCCUCCUGGAGGAGGUCAGCUCCCUGAGGGCCAAGCUGGCUGCUCAGGAGGCAGGGCAGCAGGUCCAGCUGGGGGCGCUGACGGAGAAGCUGGCGGCCGAAGAGAAGGCCCACCGGGAGGCCCUGACCCCGCUGCAGGCCUCGUCGAGCCGGCUCUCCAGCGACAACGAGCAGCUGCGUCUGCGCCUGGGUCAGAACGAGAAGGAGAGCGCGGACGCCGCGGCAACGUGGCGCUCCAAGCUGGAAGCGGCUGUCGCUUCCCACCAGCAGGCCAUGGACGAGCUCAAGGAGUCGCUCUGCAAGGGGCAAGGCGACCAGACGGCGGAGCUGGUGGAGACCAAAAGUGCCCUGGAGAGGCUGAAGGUGGAGCACAGGCUGGCGGUGGAGGAGGCGGGCAGCAGGCGCGAGGCGGAAUCGGCGGCUCGCUCGCGUGAGACGGCCGAGCUGAAGGCCCGGCUCCUGGCGGUGACCGAGGAGAAGGAGAGGCUGGAGGAUUGUGUCCGGUCCAGCGUGGACCGCGCUGAGGAGCAGCACCUGGUGGAGAUGGAGGACGUUCUGGGCAAGCUCCACACGGCUGAGCUGAAGGUAAAGGAGCUGGAGAAUCUGGAGGCGAAGCUAGUCCAACAGGCCCAGGAUAAAGCAAGGGAGGCCCAGGUGCAAGUUGCAUCCAUGGAGGCCUUGCGUUCCCAGGAAGCUCAAGGUAACCAUGAGCUCCAGAGUCUAGGGAACCAGCUGAAGGAGGCCCAGAACGAGGCCCACUCGCAGGCCGGGAAGGUCAGUGAGUUGAGCUCUGAGUUGGAGGGCAGACAGAGGGAACUAGUCUCCUUGCAGCAGAGUCUCACCUCUGUUCAGCAGGACAAGAACUCCCUAGAGAAGGAGCUUGGCACCCUGAAACAAAAGUUGGGAGAGAGCACAGACAAUCAUACUAAAUCCGCACAAACUAUGCAAGAUUUGAUAGAGAAACUCAGCAAGAAGGAGGAGCAGUGCACAGCAAUCUCCACAGAAUCUGAGGGUUUUAAGAGUCAGAUCGCAAGUCUGGAGAGGAAGCUGAAGAGCGGGGAUGACAAGUUGGACCAGCUAACAAAGGAUAAGGCCAAACUAGAAAGUAACAUCUCCGAAAUGAUGACGUCAUCAGGGGACAGUUCAGCUCAGCUCACCAAAAUGAACGAGGACCUCACCCAGAAGAAGAGGAGACUUGAGGACCUACAGACCCAGUUGGCCGAGGUGAAGGAAGGAGCAGCACAUUCUGAGGAACAGCACAAGCAGGAACUGGCUCGCAAGGAGCAGGAACUGAAGGACGCGAGAGGAGAUCACCAGGGUCAGCUGAGCAGCCUGCAAGAGAAGAUUGUUCACCUGGAGAAGAGCGUGCAUCAAGGCGAAGCUCUAGCUAAGCAGCUGAAAGCCUCGCAGGAGAAGGACCUGUCCGAGGCGUCUGCACAACACGCCCAGGAGCUCCAGGUUCUGCAGGGUCAGGCAGACAAGGUGACCCAGGACCUGAAGUCCUCCACGGACAAAACCCUGGAGCUGGAGAAGCUGGUGUCGGAGCUACUGCCUUACAAGGAGAAGGCUCAGUGUCUUACUGCUGAGCUUGGCUCCUCCAAGCAGGAAGUUGAACGAUUGUCCAAAGACCUGGAAAAGCAGAGACUAUCCCUGGAGCACAAGUGUAAGGAAAGCGAGGAGGUCAAGUCUCAGAAAGCUAGUCUUGAGAAUCAGCUCUUAGACGUAAACGCCAAUCUAACCGCUUCUGAGGCUAGCCACAAGGAGCUCUCCUCCAAGAAGGAGGAUCUGGUAAAGCAGAAAGACAAGCUCACGAAAGAACUCGAGGAUCUUUCCUCCGCCAACCAGCAACUGAAGGAAGCGAGCGUUUCGUCGUCCGGCGAGUUGGAGAAACUCCGGAGCGUCUGCCGGGAGGCACAGGCUGAAAGUAAAGCACUGAAGCAGGCCCAGAGAGAGAGCCAAGCCCACAUCGAGGAGCUUCAAAGGACAAACAAGGAGAAGGAGGAGGUCGGCCUGUCGCACCAGCAGCAGAUCGAGCAGCUUGAGGAGAAGAGGAAGCAGCUCACAAAGGAGUAUGAUGACACGUGCAAAGAGAGGAACAGGCUCCAGGACGAGCUCGCUCAAACCAGUCAGAAGUUGACGUCUGAAAGGGACAGCCUCGUGUUAGAGCGGGACGCGGCCAGAAACGCCAAAAAGAAGCUCGAUUCCAAGAAUGCGGAGUUGCAAGCGAAGAUUCAGUCGGUGAGCUUGGAGAAGGAAGACCUUUGCGCGAAGAACACGCUGAUGCUAGCUCAAAUGGAGACGUUGACCAAAGACAAAGAUGAGACGUCCUCUCGAAUGAAUGCCAUCGUUUCUGAAAAGGAGGCGCUUCGGGUCUCGAAUGCAGAGCUCCAGAAUCAGCUUCACGUUUCCAAGAAGGACCUCGAGAAUCUUGUCCGGGAUAACGACGAGCUUCGGGCUUCCAGAGAGAGUCUGGCGAAAAUGCUCGAUGAGUUCAAGACGAGCAGCGAGGUUACAGACUCUGAGAGGCUCCACCUCCUACAGGAAAAAGAGGCCCUACUGGCCAAUCAGAGAAAAGUCUGUUCCGAGAAGGAGGAGCUUCUCAAGGAUGGAGAAGAGCUGAGGAAGAAGCUACGAUUGGCUGUAGAGGAACUGGCGACCUCCAAAGAAAAGGUCCAAGAGGCGUUGUCGUCGUCUGCGCAGGAGAAGCAAGCCCUUAACCUCCAGAAUGCAGAGACCGAGAAGGCUCUCCAUUCAGUUCGGAAAGAAAAGAUGGUUGUGGAGUCCACGCUAGAGCAACAAAGAACAGAAAACCAGAGGUUGCUUCACGAAAAGGAAGAGAUCGAAGAGAAGUAUGCCAAGGAAGUUUCUGAAAAAGCGUCUCUAGCCGCCGAGAGAGACAAACUGGCCAGCGACAUGCGUAACAUGAAGGAUCAGUUGGACGGCUCCUCCAAGGCCAACGCAGAUCUCACACAAGCCAAAUCCAACCUCGCCACGACGCUGGAGGAAGUCAAACGCAAGAGGGAGGAGCUUGAGGCAGAGAGGACAUCUUUGAAGAAGGAGAAGUCUGAUUUAGAAGCUCAGAUGUCCAAUUACUGCUCUGAAAAGGAAGCACUGGAGCAGGAGAAAUCUCAGAUGCAGGACAAAGUGCGGAAUCUUACUCAACAAAACCAGCGUUUGGUGCAUGAGAAAAAAGAGUUAGGAGAGAAGCACACUAAAGAGGUGUCAGAAAAAGCAGCUUUAGCCGACGAGAGAGACAAAUUAGUCAGCGACAUGCGUAACAUGAAGGAUCAGUUGAACAGCUCCUCCAAGGCCAACGUAGAACUUACAUUAGCUAAAGCCAACCUCGCCGCGAUGCUGGAGGAAGUCAAACAAAAGAUGGAAGCCAUUGAAGCUGAGGUGACGUCCUUGAAACGCGAAAAGUCUGAUUUGCAAGCUCAUUCCCAAAAGCUCUGCUCCGAAAAGGAGAGCGUUGAAAAGGAGUUGGCGCAAAUGAAAACAAAAUAUCAGGACCUCACGGAGCAAUCUCUCAGUAAAGAUAAAACCGUAGACGACAAAUCAGCCGACCUUAAGAAGUCUCAUCAGGAGGAAAGAAAAGCUUUGACUGGAGAAAUCGACGCCUUAAAAGAACAACUCGGGCAAAAAGACCAGGAAAAGGGCGACUUAACAAAAGAAAGAGAACAGUUAAUGACCAAACUGGAAGAGAUCAAGAGAGAAGCAUCCACCUUGGUCCAGGAGAAAAAGGACCUCUUAGCAGCUCAGGGCAAACUAGAGCUGGACGUUUCAGCUCUCCGUAGCAGCCAAGAGAGUGGCGACGGGGAACGCAGAAGGCUUCUUGAAGAGAUGGAGAAGCUGCAGGCCGCCCAGGUGGGGCUUGAAGCGAGCUCUCAGGUCCUUCGCACUGAGAAGGGUCUGAUGGAGGCCCAGUGCAAGACUGCAGAGCAAGAGGCAUCGUCUGCCGUCAAGGCAAGAGAAGAGGCCUCUGCUAGCCUAGCAGAGUUGCGACGCCAGCUGGAUGGUUUGCACAAGGAGAGAGAUGACAGUGCCCAGAAAACGAGCCAGCUUGAAGCCCAACUCAAAAAUGCUCUUUCCAAGCAGCUUGAGGCUGAACAGGCAACUGGGCUGACAGCUGAGACUCUGCAGCUGCUGGCCCAGGAGAAGAACCGACUCCAGCAGGAGAAGAGCCAGGCCCAGACGCAGGCGGAGGAGUUCAAGAGUGCCAAGAAGGAGAUGCAGACUCAGGUGGAGACCUUGAAGAAGCAGAAUGCUAAAUACCAAGAUGAGCUCAAGCUGUCCAAGGAGAAACUCAUAUCAGACAACCAGCGGAUCAGCAGCUUGUGCCAGGAAAUUGAGAAUUUGAAGCAGGCGGCAUCUGAGAAGUCCCAGUCUCUGGAGGCCCUGCAGGAGGAGAAGAGCAAGCUGGCCCAGCAGCUGGGCAGUAGCCGGGAGGCUGGCAGUGGACAGAAGAAGUUGGAGGCCGACAAUUCCAAGCUCAAGAAUCAGCUGCAGGGGCUGAAACAGAGCUCGCCCAAUAAUGUCUUCAGUGAAAAUGCCUUGAAGAAAGAACUGGAUAAGGAGAAGGCCACCUUCCAACAGGCCUUUACUAAAAGCAGUGCCUUGAUCUCCCAGAAGGACAAGGAGCUGGAGAACCUAAAGACCGAGCUCAUCACCUUGCAAGGCGAGAGCACCACAGCCAGGACCCUGCAGGCCACCGUCCAGUCUCUGGAGAAGGACAAGGUUCGCCUGCAGGAGCGCAUCCACAACCUGGAGAGGAGCCAGUCAGGGGCCCAGGACACCGGCAGGUCCUCAGGUGAUGCUGCUGUGGACCAGCAGAAGGAUGAGGAGAUAGCGGACGGCCAGGCAGCGAUUGAGUUCCUGAACUCUGUCAUCGUGGACCUAAAGAACAAGAACGAGGAGCUCAAGGUCAAACUGGAGAAGAUGGUCGAAGCUGCCCUGAACGGAAACAACGCAAGCGAGCUGGACAACCACGAUGGUUCCCACGACGGCGGCCCCCCCAAGAAGAAGCUCCCCCCUCGGCUGUUCUGCGACAUCUGCGACUGCUUCGAUCUCCACGACACCGAGGACUGCCCCACCCAGAUGCAGAUGCCCGACUCCCCGCCUCACACCACCUACCACGGCAGCAAGGGCGACGAGAGGCCCUACUGCGACAUCUGCGAGGCGUUCGGUCACUGGACGGACUCCUGCAACGACGACCAGACCUUCUGAAGCCUUUCGGCGCACGCCAUCUUUCAAACAAUCUCUCCUUUUGCACAUUUCUCAAACGUUGAGGUGCUCGUGGGGUUCUUUGCUACACUGUACGUGUGUGUGUGUGUCUGUGUCUUUCUUGCCCAAGCCCUUAAAGCCAGGGCUGUACAGCGCUGUUCCUGGAUGAUCUGUAUUGUGGGGUUCCACUGUAACCCUCUAAAUUAUUUGCAAUAUCUAGCUGGUUAAUAAGCUGAAUUAGGUGGGAAGGGAAAACCUACAAGUGGGUGGCUCUUCAAAAACCGGGUUGGAAAGCUUUGCCUAUUGCCCUGAAAGGAGUCUGUUGACUUGAAUAUCAUCAAACACGCUAUGUUUAUAAGGGCGAGGAUUUAUACAGAUUGCUAAUAAUAACAAUAAUAAUAAAAAAAGGUUUUCUUCCGGGCUUGUAAAAUACUUUUGUAAAAGAAAUCCAUGGUUCGUGAUGCUUUCAUGAGUUUGUGCAAAAGAUGGGUUAUCAUAGUUUAUUUUUUUACGCUUCGAAAAAAUACUUAAUACUUUUUAAACGGUUGCCUUGUCAGUCAGUCAGUGUGUCAGAGUGAUAACUGUGUGGUGGAAACUAUAAGCAUGAGGGACUCUGUUGGCCUCUGAUUGGAGCAGUGGAUCCCAGAACCAGGUUAGACUGAGAGCAAGGCAUUGUGGGUCAACAGGAUGGGAAUCAAAGAAGAGGCUGCUAGACGAACCUAAAGCACUGCACACACUUUAUUCCUCAAAUCCUCGGUUCAUUAUCAAAAGCCUUUUCCAGAAACUUGGUUUGAAUGGUCAUUUUUAAGAAGAUACAACGCUUAUCGGUUUUGAAUGUUGAAUACUGUGUCUAAAAACAAUAAAUGAAAUUUAU